AUGUAUAUGGCGCCGAUCGCCGUCGUUAGCCGUCGCUACCUAGCUCCGUGUCCGGUAAAUCUAACUAUAGUCAGGGAAGUGCUGUCUCUCGUUGACGGAAACUUCGCCGUCACCAACGGAAACGGCGACGUGGUAUUCAAAGUCCAAGGAAAAGUAAGCCCUCUCCGUCGCCGUGUUUUGUCGAUGCUUCUGAGGCAGCUUGUUACCCGAUCAUGGACUAUUUAUGCUGGUGAUACCACCACCAUUGUUGCACAGGUAAACCCUAUUUUCAUCUUGACACAAAUUCUUCAUGAUUUCAUGAAGAUCCUUGAAAGGGGUGUUGAUGCACAAGGAGACACUAACAAAGCAUUGCACUUGGGAAAGAUACUUUUACUGUGA